ACAUGUAUUAUUUGUUGAUCGUUGAUUUAUAUCGGAGCAGUCGCGUAUAAAAAUUUGCGGUACGUAACGUCGGUAUAGAAGAACGGGGAUAAAACAAAAAGGGGCAACCAAAAAGUUUUACAAGGAGUGAAAUGUUUUACUUUGUGAUUUGACAGUGAAAGUGUUCAACUGCGAAGAUAUAAUCAUCGAUAAUCGAUCAUUGAUAAGGCCCGAAGGAUGACGGGCGAGGAGGCCAAGGGCGGGCCGGACAGCGGUGUUCCUACUGCAGAGAACGCCAAAGUCGUUGGGGAUAAUAAUCAGCAGAACGGAGUUCAGGAAGAGAAGGAAAAAGCGCCGGUAGUUAACGGGACGAACAUGGAAACCCUGCCGAGAACGGGAAAACAGAGUGACCCAAGUACAGCUUUCCUCAGGGCAGCGAGAGCGGGACAACUGGAAAAAGUGUUGGAGUACCUCGAGUCCGGAGUUGACAUAAAUGCUUCUAACGCUAAUGGUCUAAACGCUUUGCACCUAGCCGCUAAAGACGGCCACAUAGAAAUAGUCAGAGAACUUUUAACUCGAGGAGCUAUCGUAGAUGCUGCCACCAAGAAAGGAAAUACAGCUCUGCAUAUCGCCUCACUUGCUGGGCAAGAAGAGGUUGUACAUUUACUCAUUCAACGUGGCGCUUCUGUCAAUGCCCAAUCACAAAAUGGUUUCACACCGCUGUACAUGGCUGCCCAAGAAAACCACGACUCCGUUGUCAAGUUUUUGCUUAGCAAGGGCGCUAAUCAAACUCUUGCCACUGAGGAUGGAUUUACCCCAUUGGCUGUGGCCAUGCAACAGGGUCACGAUAAAGUAGUAGCGGUACUACUCGAAAGUGACACAAGAGGUAAAGUACGUCUACCAGCUCUUCACAUUGCUGCAAAGAAGGACGACUGCAAAGCUGCUGCGUUGCUUUUACAAAACGAUCACAAUCCUGAUGUUACAUCAAAAAGUGGUUUUACACCCCUUCACAUCGCUGCCCAUUACGGUAACGACAGGAUAGCUUCGCUACUCUAUGAAAAAGGAGCAGCAGUUAAUUUCACCGCAAAGCAUAAUAUAACGCCAAUGCAUGUCGCAGCAAAAUGGGGAAGGAUAAAAAUGGUGAAUCUGCUUAUGUCCAAAAAUGCGAAUAUCGAAGCAAAAACGAGAGACGGGCUCACUCCGCUUCAUUGCGCAGCUAGAUCUGGUCAUCACGAAGUAGUAGAUAUACUAAUAGAAAACGGAGCACCUAUUGGUUCUAAAACGAAAAAUGGACUUGCCCCACUGCACAUGGCUUCUCAAGGUGAUCACGUUGAUGCUGCUCGUAUUCUACUUUACCAUGGAGCACCUGUCGACGAUGUGACCGUUGAUUAUCUGACUGCAUUGCACGUGGCAGCUCAUUGCGGACAUGUUAGAGUAGCUAAACUAUUGCUCGACAGAAAUGCUGAUCCUAAUGCCAGAGCCUUAAAUGGUUUUACCCCUCUUCACAUUGCUUGUAAAAAGAACAGAAUAAAAGUUGUUGAACUGCUUCUUAAACACAGAGCUAGCAUCGAAGCAAUGACAGAGUCCGGCCUUACACCUUUACACGUUGCAAGCUUCAUGGGAUGUAUGAACAUUGUCAUUUAUUUACUCCAACACGAUGCUAGUCCAGACAUUCCAACUGUGCGAGGAGAAACCCCCCUGCAUUUGGCUGCUAGAGCAAAUCAGACCGACAUCAUCAGGAUUUUGUUGAGAAACGGAGCUCUAGUUGACGCCAGAGCGAGAGAAGACCAAACUCCGUUACAUGUUGCAUCACGGUUGGGUAACGUUGAUAUCGUGAUGCUACUCCUACAACAUGGUGCGGAUGUUGAUGCAACUACGAAAGAUUUAUACACCCCGCUUCAUAUUGCAGCUAAAGAAGGCCAGGAAGAGGUGGCAUCUGUCUUGCUUGAAAAUAGAGCAUCGCUUACCGCUACGACCAAGAAAGGUUUCACACCGUUGCAUCUUGCUGCAAAAUAUGGAAAUAUGAAUGUUGCAAGGCUUCUGCUACAGAAGGAUGCCCCUGUCGAUGCUCAAGGAAAGAAUGGAGUCACACCGCUUCACGUUGCAUCCCAUUACGACCAUCAGAAUGUGGCUCUGCUUCUUCUUGACAAGGGAGCCUCUCCUCAUGCAAUGGCUAAGAAUGGUCACACUCCGCUACACAUUGCGGCUCGUAAAAAUCAGAUGGAUAUCGCCACAACAUUAUUAGAAUAUGGAGCAAAGGCAAACGCAGAAUCAAAAGCUGGCUUCACACCUCUGCACUUGAGUGCCCAGGAGGGUCAUACCGAUAUGUCAACUCUUCUUAUUGAGCACAAAGCAGAUACAAAUCACAAAGCUAAGAACGGUCUAACACCAUUACACCUGUGUGCGCAAGAAGACAAAGUUAACGUCGCGUCCAUCCUUGUCAAAAAUGGAGCUGAUAUUGAUACCAAAACUAAGGCUGGUUACACACCGUUGCAUGUCGCAGCACAUUUUGGUCAAGCAGCAAUGGUACGUUUCUUGCUGAGAUCGGGAGCAGGUGUUGAUAGCAGUACCGGUGCUGGUUACACACCAUUACAUCAAGCUGCGCAACAGGGGCAUACCUUAGUUAUUAAUUUGCUGUUAGAGAGUAAAGCAAAGCCUAAUGCAGUUACCAAUAAUGGGCAAACAGCUUUGGACAUAGCACAGAAAUUAGGAUACAUCAGCGUUGUUGAAACUUUGAAAGUUGUAACGGAAACUGUCAUCACGACUACGCAUACUAUUACAAUUGAAGAAAAGUACAAGGUACAGGCACCUGAAUCGAUGCAGGAGACGUUCAUGAGUGAUAGCGAAGACGAAGGUGGUGGCGACGAAAUUGGUAUGGCAGCCAUGAAUGUGUACGGGCAGCCGCCUCAUGCGCAACAUGUCUACCUCCCUUCCUACUACCAGGGCCAAAUGACCUAUACUAGCGAAGAUCCGAUGUUAAGCGACCAACAGCAGUACCGCUACAUGACUGUUGACGAUAUGAAAUCAAUGGGUGAUGACUCUAUGCGCCUCAAUGUGACUGACGAUGAAAGAGACAAUCGACAUUCUGGAGCUCCAACUAUAACAGAAAUGAUUACAAAAGAAAGCUAUCACAGAUCAAAUGCCGCAAAUCACAAACCAGACAAUGUGGACAUCAACAGGCAUCCGAUUCACGUUGGCGCGUCAAUAGUGUCGUUAAACACAUCACUGGCAGCCCUUGGUAUCGUGCCUAAAGGACAAGGGAUGUGGAGGGACAGUUUCCUAGUUUCAUUCCUGGUCGAUGCAAGGGGAGGCGCAAUGCGUGGAUGCCGUCACAGUGGAGUUCGCGUGAUUGUGCCACCGCGUAAAGCGGCCAUGCCUAUGAGAGUAACUUGUCGGUACCUGAAAAGAGAUAAAUUAACCAAUCCUCCACCUCUAAUGGAGGGUGAGGCAUUGGCGAGUAGAAUUCUCGAGCUUGGGCCUGUCGGUGCUAAGUUCCUAGGGCCCGUGAUUAUAGAGGUACCACAUUUUGCCUCAUUGCGUGGAAAGGAAAGAGAAAUAGUAAUACUGAGAUCAGAUAAUGGAGAAACAUGGCGCGAGCACACCCUGGAAGCAAGCGAGGAAGCUGUCCAGGAUGUGCUUAACGAGAGCUUUGAAGGAGAAGAAUUAAGCCAGCUAGAGGAUCUCCAGACGUCACGUAUAGUACGAAUUCUCACGGUAGAUUUCCCGCACUACUUUGCCGUAGUGUCUCGUGUUAGACAGGAAGUUCAUGCAGUAGGUCCUGAAGGAGGCACUGUCUCUUCUUCCGCUGUGCCUCAAGUUCAGGCUGUAUUUCCGCCAGCUGCUCUUACAAAGAAAAUUAGAGUCGGGCUACAGGCUCAUCCGAUACCAUCUGAUUUGGUAGCUAAGCUACUUGGAAAUCGUGUCGCGGUAUCACCGAUUGUGACUGUAGAGCCCAGACGUCGAAAAUUCCACAAACCGAUUACUUUGACGAUACCAAUGCCACAAGCAGCUAAUAAAGGCAUGAUUAAUCAAUACUCCGGAGAUGCUGGAGCAGUUGGAACUCUUAGACUUCUGUGCAGCAUAACUGGGGGUCAGUCUCGGGCGGUCUGGGAGGAUGUAACCGGAUCUACGCCACUAACGUUUGUCAAGGACUGUGUCUCCUUUACGACGACUGUAUCCGCUCGUUUCUGGCUGAUGGAUUGCAGAAACAUUUCUGAGGCUACUAAAAUGGCCACAGAACUUUAUACCCAUGCUACGCACGUGCCAUUUAUGGCCAAGUUUGUUGUUUUUGCUAAACGAGUCGAUCCUCUAGAAGCGAGACUACGUGUGUUCUGCAUGACAGAUGAUAAGGAAGACAAAACGCUAGAACAUCAAGAGCACUUUACCGAGGUUGCCAAAAGCCGGGAUGUUGAGGUUCUCGAAGGGAAAACACAAUACAUGGAAUUUGCCGGUAAUCUAAUCCCGGUUUUGAAGAGCGGAGAACAAUUACAGCUACCAUUCAGGGCUUUCAAAGAAAAUAGAGUUCCGUUUACUGCAAGAGUCAAAGAUCCAGAUGCCGCCGACACUGUUGGCCGCAUCAUGUUUAUGAGUGAACCUAAAGUUCCAAAGGGUGAACCUUCUCAGACGCCACUUUGCACAUUGAAUAUUUUAUUACCUGAAAAAAUUUCUCCCGAAGGUGCGACAUCGGAGCUAGACUUACUUGAAUUAUCGAAGAACUACAGUUUCCUUCGAGAUGGUGGAAUUACUAGACCAGAUGCUAUUCAUAGGGCUACGAUAAGAUUGACGGAUAUAGCCAAUCUAUUGGAUACGGACUGGGAGAAACUAGCGGAAGAAUUAAACAUCCCGCCGAAUGAUGUCCAGCUUAUCAAGCAAGAAUAUCCUGGCAAACCUGCACAGCAAGCCGACAUGAUGUUCAAAUUAUGGCAAAGCGAUGGGAACAAAGCGACAGGAAAUACUCUAGAAAAGGCUUUGAAUAAAAUCGGUCGUAAAGAUAUCGUGAAAAGAUGCAUAUUCAAUGUAGAACUCGUUACCGACGAUGUAGAAAAAGCCGUAGCAAGAGUAAGGCUUGAUCAACCUGGUUUUGAUUCCCUGAAAGAGGAACUCGGGCCUUCCCGAGAUACAUCUCUUCGCAGAGAUGCUACCAUGGAUCCUAAAAUGGACCCAGAUUGGGAAGAGCCAGAUCGAAUGAAGGAAUCAGAGUCUGUUGAAGAUCUCAGCAUACCAGGCGCAGUAACUCACAAACGUACAACUGAAGAGCACCGCACAGUCACCAAUGGCACUAUACCAAAUGGAACUUCGACUCCUAUAAAAGAUAAAUAUGCCAGUGAUGAAAAGGAAUUUGGCGAUAUGAUGGCCGACUUUGUUGAAUACAAAUGUCAUAUUUCCGAUACGAUGACGAAAAGAUCUAAAGAUGACGCUGACGAUGACAAUAUAAAACGACAGAGAGUCAUAGAAGAUGCCAACAAAAUAGUUUCUGGUGUAAUACAAGACGCAGAGAGAAAGAAGGAGAGGUUAGCGGAAGGGUGGUCGGUGGUUAAUGAUGAUGAUGAUGCGCAAGAGAGUAAAGAGGCGGCAGGUGCUGUAGGGCCACAUUUAAUUUUGUCAGAUAAAAUCACUACUGUUACAGAAAAAGAUCCGAAAUUAGGUCAAACAACCACAGUGCAUACUUUCUCUCAAAAAGAUGUCGAACCAGCUAUUACUAAACAAUAUCAUGUCUCAGGUCCUAGUAUAGAUUUUGAUAACAGUGAUUUACCAUUGUCUACUAAACAUAUUACUGUUAAGCAAAAGGAUCCCAUUAAUGUAGGGCAAAACAUUACCGUGAAGACAACAACCAUUACCGAUUAUACUCCACCUGUUACCAGAGAAUCUCAAAUUGUCCGUGAACCCCAAACCAGGGAAACGUAUUACUUCGGCCCGAGCGAUCCCGUAAUUGGUUCAGGUGCUAGUGUAACAACAACAGAUCCCAAAAAAUCUGUCUCAAUUGUAACUAGCGAAACACGUUACAUAGGCCGACCAACGACAGAUAUUAUAACUACAAUCACUGCGCAAUCCCCCAAUAUACCGGAAGUAAUCUUAGACACAGAAUCUUCUCGUUUCAGUGAAAAACCGAUAGACGAACACAUACAGAAAGGUAAAGUUGUCAUUUCAGGCGUAGUCAAGGAAAUAGAAUUUAGAUCUGAUAAGGUAGGGAAGGACGUGAAAGAUUUAUCAGGUGAUCUGAAAACUGAAAGUGAUUUGAGUAAAGGUCCUGUAAAGAGCGUUGCAAAAAUUUAUGAUGAUGCCAAUGCAAUGCUAUCUGAUGUUAAUAAAGACAUUGGUAGUGAAAAAGAAAAGUUAGCGAGCGAGGGAAAAGAGCUUGAUGAGAAGUUGGGAGUUGCUGUUGAUCAAGCUAGUCAAGAACUAAAGCAAAAACCAAAAGAGAUUAAAGGCAUCCUUAAAAUUGAUUCAACGAAAAUUGAUGUUAAAGAAACUGGAACUGCAGCCAAGCCACAAGAAGAUCCCAGGGUAUCUGCUUACGAAAUUAUAUACAAUGUCCAACAGGAUGUAGAGGACAACAAAGACAAAGCUGAAAAAGAAUCUAAAAAAUUGAAAGAUAAAUCUAGUGGGAUAUUCUCAGGUAUUUUCAAGACACCGAAAUCGAAGAAGUUAAAAUCUAAAGAUUCCAAGGAUGUAUCAUUCGACAGUGGAGAUGAAGAUGCUAAAAAUUCGACACUUAAAUUCCUUGAAGACACGAGAAAAACAGCUGAUUCAGCUCAUCAACCCGACCGCGCUUCUAGCCCAGUUUAUCAACCAAGUGCUCCAUUAGAUGAUCAAAAGAGCAAUCCACUCAGAAAUAUUAAGGUAUCUACUGCAGAAUUUCUGGAUGAUACUAGAAGAACUGCUGAAGUCUUUCAAGGGUUGCCUAAAGAACCCACAAAAACUACAACGAACAUUUUGAGUACUGGUGGUACCACCGUAAUUGCCACUGAAAACUUACAAGGUAGCCAGAAAGAUAAUAAUUCACUCGUGAGCCCAGACAUAAAUAAAGAUAAAGACAUUGUUGAUCCAGAUCGCGAUGUCACUAUACACAAAGCACAAACUUUGAAGGAUAAAACCAAACCUAUCCAUUCAAUUCCUACAGAUCCUAAACAAAAUUCACAAGACGUUAAUAUUGCUAUUGUUGCUAAAGAUAAGUUGAUUGACAGUACCAAAUCAUCAGGUGGCUCAACAUCAAUUGAAAAGUCUUUGGAAGAUGCAGGUAAAACUACAAAAGUGAUAAGGGAAUCAGUUCAAUAUGUUACUGAUGAAAAAAUAAAUUCCAAGGAUACGCCGACCACUAUUGAAAAAGUUACUGAUAAUAGUAAAGAUCUUAAAGAAGAAUCGAAAGAUAAAGGCAGUGGUUUCUUUGGAAUCUUUAAGAGUCCUAAAUCCAAAAGUAAGAAAAGAAGUAAAUCAAAAGACAAGGGAUCUUCGAAAGAAACAUCAUUUGAUAGCGGAGAUGAAGAACUCAGAAUUACAACAGCUAAAUUUUUGGAUGACACAAAAAAGGUCGCAGACCAAAGAAGAGAUUCUGCCGGUCAAAAAAUAACAUCUCCUCAAGAUAUCAUUGACAUUAAAAAAGAUAGAUUUGUUGAUAAUGUCCAUUAUGAAUUUGACACACCUACAGAUAAGAUUAAAGGAACAUUUUAUGACGUUAAAGCUGCUGCAGAAAAAGCUGAAGCUGAUGUUCAGAAAACUAUUUCAGAUGGGGCACUGAAUGUUGCGAAUAAAACAUCAGAAGGUCUCGCAAGUACUACUGCUGGAAUAGUAACCGCGGUUGGUAGCAUCCCUGCUGCUAGCCAAGAUUUGAAAUCGGACAUCACUACUGUAGGUGAAAGUUCCAGACAGACAGGAGGCGAAAUAAUAAAUGUCGUCGAAAAGGAUGUUAAAAUUAUUGGAGAAGCUGUACCAACAAAGAUUCCCGACAUUACGGACCAAAUGACCGCUACUGGCCAAGAUAUCAAAAAAACUACAGAUACUAUCAGUGAUUCUUUUAAAGAAGGUAGUAAAAAUCUUCAUGAAGGAACUAAAAAUUUCCAAGAAAAAGUUUCUAUGGAAGUACAGCGUGAUGUCAAGGUUAUAACUGAGCCUGCAAUAACUGGGGAAAAAAAAUUGACUACUAAAGCUGAAGCGUUAUCACAGGAAUUGGGUACCGAAGUGAAGGAUGCAUCGGAUGAAGUCAAAGAGAAGAGUGGUGGAUUCUUUGGAAUAUUCAAGAGUCCAAAGUCAAAAAGUAAAAAGAGAGGUAAGUCCAAAGACAAGGACUCGUCUAAAGAAACAUCUUUUGACAGCGGAGAUGAGGAGCUGAGAAUCGCAACAGAAAAAUUCCUUCAUGAUACUAGAAAAGCUGCAGAUGAUAUUAGCUUCCCUGUGUUACGUUCUAGCACUCAUGAUGAACUUGCGAAUGGUAAUAAGCCAGUCGUGGAAAGUUCGUAUGAUCAAAAGAAACCUGAAGGAACUAAGACCACUGGUAAAGAUGCUAAGAAUCUAAAAGGUGACAUCGAAGUAUCUAAAGUAAAUAAAGAUGCUAAAGUAGUCACGGAAAAGGAUACAAAAGAAGUAAAAGAACCUAAAGAAAAAAGUGCGGGAUUCUUACCAGGAAUAUUGAAAGAUGCUAAGCAUGCCAUCGAUGAAGUAACUGAGGAUGUCAAAGAAUUUUGGCACGAAACUAAAAAAGAAGCCGCAGAAGAAGAAGAAAAGGCAAAGCAGCCACAUCACAAAGAUGAUAGUUUGCAGAAAUCUCAGAAAGUAGUCUCAACAACUACCACACAGGUUACUGAAAUGAUUCAAGGUGGUCAGGAUGACGUAAGCAAGCAUGACAUCCGUCUCAAAUCUGAGAUUCCUGUUCCAAUGACAGCUGCGACUCAUCCAGAAUUGGGUAUAAGAAUCAUUGAACGAAAAACAGAGCACACCUAUAAGAAAGAUGCUCCAGGUAUUAAAGAAGGGUCAAACAGUGAUAAGAAAAUCAUUUCACAAGAACCGACAUCAGAUGAACAAACUUUGUUAACAAAGUCUGUAAUAUCUGAAACAGUACCCACGAAUGGCAAAGCAAACGUUGCUGGUGAUAAAUCAGUUGGAUCUGAUGACGACAGUACUAAAGAAAAAGGAGGAGGUUUCUUUGGAAUUUUCAAAAGCCCUAAGUCCAAGAAUAAAAAGCGAACUAAAUCGAAGGACAAACAAUCAUCACGAGAAACUUCCAUUGACAGCGCAGACGAGGACCUCAGAUUAGCAACAGCUUCAUUCUUGGCUGAUCUGAAAAACGUUGCAGUAACCAGAGACGUAGGUUUACCUUCGGUUGAAGAUACCGAAUCUAAAACCAAACAAGGGGAAUUGCCUGUUGUAGGUGAUUUGAAAUAUGCGACUACCCAAUUCUUGGAUGAAUCCAGGAAAGGAAGUGCAACUGUUGACAUUGGAGUUUCAAUCGGAGAUGUGAAGCAACCAAAACUUCCGAGUCCUUCGAAGAAAGAGUCUCCCUCACCUAGUGACACCAUGUACAACGCAUCCAUCGUCCACACAGGUAAUGCUUCUAAAGACGACCCAAAUCUGCAUGAGAAAGGCAGUGAUGGUUUCCUUUCUGGCAUAUUAACAGGAACCAAGCAGACUAUUGAUGAAGUGACUGAUGAUAUAACAGGUUUUUUCAAAGGUGCACCAAAACAGGUGAAGGAGGCAGAACAUUCAGCAGCUAGUGCAGCUCAAAAAACAUCUGACAAAUUAGAGGAUGCAAAAACUAAUAUUGUCAGUGAUGCAAAGGUCUUGGGAGCACAACUGUCUGAGGCUAUAGAUCGUGAUGCUGCAGCGUUAAAAAAGACUUCUGAAAGCAUUAAAGACACGGCUCAGCACAAAUUGGCCACAGAUUAUGGAGUUGUUUCUGAUGCCACUCGAGAUGCAACCACUAAGGUGUCUCAAGAAGCAAAGAAAAUAGCCGAUGGUGUUGAAGAUGAUGCCAAAAAAAUGGUUGAAACUUCUAACACGGUUAAAGAUGAAAUUAGUCACAAAACAAAACAAGAAGUGAACAUUUUGAAAGACAAAGUUUCAUCAAAGGAAGAUGCGAUCACUGAUGUUAUUGGAGAGACAAGUGAGAAAGCGACAAAAAAAUCAAAAAAAAUUAAACAUAAGGGCAGCCGAUUUCUGUCCGGUAUCUUCAAAGGUACGAAGCAGGCUGUUGAUGAAGUUAAAGAUGAUGCCGCAGAGCUUGCGGAACAAACUAAGAAAGCUGCUGAAGAAGUCGGACAAGAUACAAAACACGUUGCUCAAGGAACAGCGGAGAAACUAAAAAAUGUCAAAGACGAUAUUGUGGAUAGUACCAAAAAUGCAAAGGAUAAACUGGCCCAGGAAAUUUCCGAUGAUUCUCAGAAACUUCUGAAUGCAUCCAAUAGAGCUAAAGAUAACACCAAGGAAAAAUUAGCUACGGGUGUCGAAAUUGUUUCUGAUGCAGCUCAAAAGGUGUCAGAAGGCACAAAAGACCUUGCCCAAGCGGCUAAAGGUGGUACAGAAUCGAUUGUUGAGAAAUCCAAGGAAACCAAAGACAAGGUAAGUGAGGAAAUUAUAAAUGAUGCUAAGAUUGUAAAAGAUAAAUUAGGAUCAGCAGCUGAUUCUGUAGCUGACACUGCUGGAGCUGCAAAAGACAAAACCACAAAAGAAGCAAAGAAAGUUAAGGAAAAAACAAGUGGCUUUUUAUCUGGCAUCUUCAAAGGAACUAAACAUUCCAUCGACGAAGUCAAAGGAGAUGCUGUUGACUUUUUGGAGGAGACAAAGAAAGAAGAAGAAAAGGCUAGACGUGCUGCUCAAGAAGCAUCUGAAAAAAUGAAAGCUGAAAUCAUAGAUGAUACUAAAGGUGCAUUAGCUCAAAUAUCCCACGAAAUCUCUGAGAAUUCAAAGAAGCUUGUAGAUGCUUCUAAGAGUACAAAAGAUAAAACAACAGAGAAACUGGCUGGAGAAGUUGACAGUGUAUCUAAGGCCGCCAAAAAUGCGGCCACUAAAGUUUCCGAAGAUAGCGCAGGACUUAUUGGAAAAGCCAAAGAUGGCACAGACGUAAUUGUCACCAAAUCUCACGACGUCAAAGACAAGAUCAGUAAAGAAAUUAAGGAUAAUGCAACAACAGUCAAAGAUGAAGUAGUUGCAGCAGGUGGUGCCAUGGCCAGUGCUGCCGAAGCUACAAAAGAGAAGACCGCAAAAGAAGAGAAAAAGGCUAAGGAAAAAUCUGGUGGAUUUUUAUCUGGAAUCUUCAAAAGUGCUAAACAUGCAGCUGAUGAAGUUAAGGAAGAUAUUGAAGAAUUCCUUGAGGACACAAAGAAAGAGGCGAAUGAAGAGGAAGAACGUGCUAAACAUGCUGCUCAAGAAACAUCUACAAAGGUGACAGUUGUAAAAGAUAAAAUUGUAGACGAUGCAAAAGAUAUUGAAGCUAAACUUGUUGAGAAAGUUACCGAUGGCUCAAAAAAACUUGUAGAUACAUCACAGAAUGUAAUGGAUAAAACAAAAGAAGAAUUGACUAGUGGAGUUGAACUUGUUGCCGAUACUACGAAGAGUACUGCUGAUAAGAUUUCGAAUGAAGCUACAGAACUGGUUGGUAAAGCUAAGCAAGGUGCUAGCACAAUCACUGACAAAUCCAAAGACAUCAAGGACAAAGCUGGAUUGGAAAUCAGAGGUGAUGUCAAAGUAGUCAAAGACAAAUUAUAUACGAUGGCUGAUACCGUUACCGACACUGCUACAUCAGCCAAAGAAAAAACUACUAAAGAAGCAAAGAAAGCUAAAGAGAAAACUGGUGGGUUCUUUUCUGGAAUUUUCAAAGGUGCUAAAGAGGCUGUUGAUGACGUCAAAGAAGACAUUGAAGAGUUUCUGGAUGACACAAAGAAAGAGGCCAAGGAAGAAGAAGACCGUGCUAGACGUGCUGCUAAAGAAACAGGGGAUAAAGUUGACAGUGUUAAAGACAAAAUCAAAGAUAAUACAGAGAAUGUGAAAACCAAAAUUUCUACUGAAGUUAGUGAAGAUUCACAAAGGCUGUUGGAUGCUUCAAAGGAUGCGAAAUAUAAGACUGAGGAUAAAUUUACUACUGGUAUCGAAGUUGUAGCCGAUACAGCUAAAGUCGCAGCUGAUACAGUUUCGAAGAAAACUUCUGAAAUUGCUGACAAAGCUAAGGACAGUGCACAAUCCAUUGCAGAAAAGUCUAAGGACGCCAAAGAUAAGGUCAGUAAAGAAAUUACAGAUGACGUUGUAAUAGCUAAAGAGAAAUUGGCCUCAGCUGCUGAUGGCGUAGUUGAUACUGUUGCAUUCGCCAAAGAUAAAACUGUAGAUGAAACGAAGAAGGCAAAAGAAAAAACAAGCGGAUUUUUGUCUGGCAUCUUUAAGGGUGCUAAACAUGCAGUUGAUGAAAUCAAAGAUGACGUUGGAGAAUUUCUCGAAGAUACCAAGAAAGAGGCAGAGUUGGAAGCAGACCGUGCUAAGUGCACUGCCCAUGAGACAUCAGAAAAUGUUAAAGACGUGAAAGACAAGGUCGUAGAUAUGACAAAGGAUACAACAGCCAAGCUAUCACAGGAGAUUGCUGAGGAUUCACGAAAGCUUUUUGAUGCGUCCAAAAAUGCAAUGGACAAAGCUGAGGAAAAAUUGGUCACAGGGGUCGAAGUCAUGUCUGACACAACCAAGACUGCAGCUGAUACAGUUUCUAAAGGAACUUCCGACCUUCUAGGAAGAGCUAAAGGUAGUACACAAACGAUUGUGGAGACAUCCAAGGACGUCAAAAAUAACUUGAAACAAGAAAUUAAAGAUGAUGCUAAGAUUGUGAAGGAUAAAUUAGCUUCAACCGCUGAUGCAACAGCUGAAACUGCUGAUGCUGCAAUUGACAAAACAACGUCUGAAGUCAAAAAAGCUAAAGAAAAAACUACUGGAUUUUUCUCCGGCAUCUUCAAAGGUGCCAAACACGCGGCAGAUGAAGCUAAAGAAGAUGUAGGCGACUUUUUAGAAGAGACACGCAAAGAAGCAGAAUCUGAAGCUGAACGUGCCCAACGGAUCGCUCAUGAGUCAUCUAAAAAGAUCAAAGAUGCCAAAGGCAAAGUCGUAGAUUCGGCUAAGGAUGUCACGUCUAAACUAUCGCAAGAAAUUGUUGAAGAUUCCAAAAGGCUGUCAGAUGCUUCUAAGAAUGUAAAAGAUGAAACCAAACAGAAAUUGUCUACUAGUGUCGAAGUUGUGUCUGAUGCCACAAAAGCUACUGCUGGCAAAGUUUCGAAGGAAACUACGGAACUUGUUGGCAAGAUAAAGGAUGGGACCCAAUCCGUUGUUGAUAAAUCCAAGGAUAUCAAGGACAAGGUGGACAAAGAGAUAAAAGAUGACAUCACAGUAGCGAAAGAUACAUUAGCUUCAGCUGCUGACACUAUAGCUGAUAGUGCUUCAUCCGCUAAAGAUAAAACCACAGAAGGAGUGAAGAAGGCGAAAGAAAAAUCUGGAGGGUUUUUGUCUGGCAUUUUUAAAGGUGCCAAACAUGCAGUUGAAGAAGUGAAAGACGACUUUGAAGAGUUUCUAGAUGACACCAAAAAAGAAGCCGAAUCUGAUGCAGAACAUGCCAAGCACGCUGCUCAUCAAACGUCUGAAAAUGUUAAGGAUAUCAAAAGUAAAGUCUUGGGUACGACAAAAGAUGCAGCGGCCAAAGCGUCGCAGGAGAUCGCUGAAGAUUCCAAAAAGCUACAAGACGUCUCCAAGGUUGUCAAAGACAAGACCAAGGAGAAGUUUACCACCGGUGUAGAAUUUGUGUCGGAUACUACCAAAACUGCCACUGAUAAGGUUGCUGAGGAAACUUCUGGCCUUGUUGUUAAAGCUAAGGAUGGUACACAAACUGUAGUUGAAAAAUCUAAGGAUAUAAAAGAUAAAGUCAGCAAGGAAAUCAAGGAUGAUACUAAAGUAGUCAAGGAUAAACUUGCAUCAGCAGCUGAUGCUGUGGUCGACACUGCUGAAUCGGCAGCUGAAAAAACUACAAAAGGAGCCAAGAAGACAAAGGAAAAAGGCAGUCGAUUCUUUUCUGGAAUUUUCAAGGGUGCCAAACAUUCUGUCGAUGAUGUUAAAGGAGAUGCCGGUGAUUUUCUCGAGGAAGCAAAGCGAGAAGAAGAACGUGCUCGACGUGCUGCACAAGACACAUUUGAUAAAGUCAGAGACACCAAAGACGCAAUUGUAAGUCGUGUCACAGACGUGAAGAACGAAACUUCAAAAGGAAUUAUUGAAGGCUCUGAAAAACUCUCGGACGUAUCUAAGAGUGUAGAAGACAAAGCAAAGGACAAAUUCACCACUGGAAUCAAAGUCGUUUCUGACACAGCUAAAGCUACAGCUGAUAAAGUUUCUGUACAAACAUCGGAGAUUGUUGGAAAAGUUGAGGAUAGCGCACAGUCGGCUGCUGAAAAAUCCAAAGACAUCAAGGACCAGGUUAGUCAACAAAUUAAAGAUGACGUCGAACUGGCUAAAAAUAAAUUGGCUUCAGCAACCGAUACUGUAGCUGAUUCUGCCGUAUCUGCCAAAGACAAGACUGUACUGGAAGCAAAAAAGGCUAAAGAAAAAACUGGAGGAUUCCUAUCUGGUAUUUUCAAAGGUGCCAAACAUACAGUUAAUGAAGCAAAGGAAGAAGUAGGCGAAUUCAUAGGAGAUAAUAAGAAACAGGCAGAAUCUGAGGUAGAACGUGCUAAGCAUGCUGCCAGUAAGACAUCCGAAAACGUGAAAGAAGUCAAAGACGAAGUUGUAGCUACGACAAAAAAUGCAGCAACUAAACUAUCGCAAGAGAUUAGUGAAGAUUCUAAAAAGCUUCUAGAUGUCUCAAAGGGUUUAAAAGACAAAACCGAAGGCAAGGUGAGCACUGGUGUUGGAAUCGUAUCUGAUGCCACCAAAGCUACAGUUGACAAACUUUCAAAAGAUACUUCCGAUCUUGUUGAAAAGGCAAAGGAUGGUACUCAAUCCAUUAUUGAUAAGUCCAAGGAUGUUCAAGGCAAGGUGGAGAAGGAAAUUAAAGAUGACAUCACAAUAGCAAAAGAUAAAUUAGUUUCCACUGCUGAUUCUGUAGCUGACACUGCUUCAUCCGCUAAAGACAAAACCACAGAGGAAGCGAAGAAGGUUAAAGACAAAACGGGAGGAUUCUUAUCCGGUAUUUUCAAAGGCGCCAAACAUGCAGUCGAUGAGAUCAAAGAUGAGUUCGAAGAGUUUCUUGAUGACACCAAAAAAGAAGCAGAAUCCAAAGCUGAACAUGGUAAACAGGCUGCUCAUCAAACAGCUGAAAAAAUUAAAGAAGUCCAAGACAAGGUUGUGAAUACGACAAAAGAUACAGCAGCUAAAGUAUCUCAAGAGAUCGCUGAAGAUUCAAAAAAGCUCUCAGAAGCAUCCAAGAAUAUAAAAGACAAGGCCAAGGUAAAGUUUACCACCGGUAUCGAAACUGUUUCUGAUACUACUAAAGCUGCAGCUGAUAAAGCUGCUAACGAAACUGCCGAAUUUAUUGGGAAAACUAAGGAGGACACAAAAUCUGUUAUCGAAAAAUCCAGGGAAACCAAAGACCACAUCGGAAAAGAAAUAAAGGAUGAUGUAGCAGUAGCUAAAGAUAAAUUAACUUCAGCUGCUAGCACUGUAGCUGAUACAGCUGCAUCCGCCAAAGAUAAAACUGUACAGGAAGCUAAGAAUGCUAAGGAAGCAACUGGAGGGUUCUUGUCUGGUAUUUUCAAAGGUGCCAAACAUGCUAUUGACGAAAUCAAAGAUGAUGUUGAAGAGUUUUUCGAUGAUACGAAGAAAGAAGCAGAAGCCGAAGCAGAACGUGCUAAGAAGACUGUACAGGUCACGUCUGAAAAUAUCAAAGAUGUCAAGGACAAGAUUGUAGAUGAAACGAAAGAUGCUACAGCUAAACUAUCACAAGAGAUUUCUGAAGAUUCCAAGAAGCUCGCAGAUGCGUCCAAACACGCAGCAGACAAAACCAAGGAUAAAUUUGCUACUGGUGUUGAAAGCUUAUCUGAUGCCACUAAAUCUACAACUGAUAAAAUUUCUAAGGAAACUUCUGACUUUGUUGCGAAAGCUAAGGAUGGCAGUCAAUUAAUUGCAGAAAAAUCUAAAGAUUUUAAAGACAAAGUGGGCAAGGAAAUCGAAGAUGAUGCCAAAACAGUAAAGGACAAAUUAGCUUCAGUAGCUGAUGCUACAGUCGUCACUGCGGAUACUGCGAUUGACAAAACAGCAGCUGAAGUAAAGAAAGCUAAAGAAAAAACAGGAGGAUUUUUAUCUGGUAUUUUUAAAGGUGCCAAACACUCUGUUGACGAAGUUAAAUUAGACGCCGGAGACUUCCUGGAAGAAACAAAAAGAGAGGAAGAACGUGCUAGAUAUGCUGCACAGGAGGUAGCUGGAAAAGUCGAGGGUAUUAAAAGCGAAAUUGUAGAUGGUACAAAAGAUGCUACUCAUCAACUAUCGCAGAAAGUAGCUAAAGAUUCUAAAAAGGUUUUGGAUGCUUCUAAGAGUGCGAAAGAUAAAACAAAAGAGGAAAUAGCUGCUGGAUAUGAGGUUGUUUCUGACAGUACCAAGGAGGCCUCUGAUAAGGUUGCCCAAGGAGUAACGGAGUUUAUUACUACAGCCCAUAAAUCCAAGGACCAGCUGAGCAAGGAAAUAAAGGAUGAUGCUAAGAUCGUAAAAGAUAAGUUAUCGUCUACCGCUGUCGCAGUUGCCAGUACUGUUGAAUCUGCAAAAGACAAAACGGCAAAGGAAAGCAAAAAGGCCAAAGAGAAGGGCAGUGGAUUUUUCUCUGGUAUUUUCAAAGGUACAAAACAUGCUGUCAGUGAAGCUAAGGAGGAUGUUGAAGAGUUUUUUGAUGGCAAGAAGAAAGAUCUGAAAGAGGACGAAGAACGUGCUAAGCAGGCUGCUCAAGACACAAUUAAGGAGGUCCAAGGCAAAGUUGCAGAUACUGCUAAAACUGUAAAUGCUACAAUAUCUCAGGAGAUUGCUGAAGAUUCAAAGAAGCUUUCGGACGCAUCCAAAAGUGCCAAAGACAACAUCACAGAAAAACUAGAUUCUGCCAUUGACGUUGUGUCCGAUGCCACCAAUGUAACUGCUGAGAAAGUUUCUAAAGAAGCUACAGAAUUUGCUGGAAAAAUAACUGAUGGCACAAAAACAAUUGUUGAAAAGUCAAAGGAUGUAAAGGCACAGCUGGGAAAAGAAGUUGACGAUGAUGUCAGAGUAGCUAAGGAAAAACUGACUUCAGCGGGUGAUGCUGUAGCUGAUACUGCCGAAGCUGUAAUUGACAAAACUGCUAAGGAAGCUAAGAAAGCUAAGGAAAAAAGCAGUGGAUUUUUAUCUGGUAUUUUCAAAACUACGAAACAUGCUGUUGACGAAGUGAAAGGUGAUGCUGCUGAUUUCCUGGAGGAGACUAAAAAAGAAGAAGAACAGGCUAGACGUGCCGCUCAAGAAGCAUCUGAACAAGUCAAGCAUACCACAAAUGAAAUCCUGGAUGGCGUUGAGACUGUCAAAAAUAAGACAAAAUCUAAACUCGGAGCUGGUGUCGAUCUUGUAUCUGAUACUACGAAAGAUACUGUCGAUUCGGCUUCUGCAAAGGCUACAAAUCUGCUUGACAAGGCUCAAGAUAGCGGAGCAAAGAUUAUCGAAAAAUCUAAGGAGACCAAGGAGAAACUGAAGGAAGAAAUCAAUCGUGAUGCAAAAGUCGUUGGAGAUACGUUGGUCUCAACCGCAGAUGCAGUGACGGAUACAGUUGAAACGGCAAAAGCUAAAACAGCAAAAGAAGCUAAAAAGGCAAAAGAAAAAGGUAGUGGAUUUUUAUCAGGCAUUUUCAAAGGUACCAAACACACUGUUGAUGACGUUAAAGGGGACAUUGAAGAGUUUGUAGAUGAUACGAAGAAGGAGGCUAAAGAAGAGGAAGAACGUGCAAGACGUGUUGUGCAAGACACAUCGAAGGAAAUUAAAGAUGUCAAAGACAAGGUUCUAGAUGGCACAAAAGAAGUCAAAGCUAAACUGUCCCAAGAAGUUACUGAGGAUUCUCAAAAAAUUAUAGAUAUUGCUAAAAGUGUUAAAGAUAAGACAAAGGAAAAAUUGACAACUGGUGUUGAAGUUCUAUCUGACACCACGAAAUCUGCAGCUGAUAAAGUAGCUGACGAAGCUUCUAAAGUUGCUGUUAAAGCCAAGGAUGGCACAAAAUCUAUUGUGGAAAAGUCCAAAGACGUCAAAGACAAGGUAGACAAAGAAAUCAGACAUGAUGUUGAAGUUGGUAAAGAAAAACUAUCUUCCGCUGCAAGUACUGUUGCCGAUACUGCUACAUCUGCUAAAGACAAAACUGCUGAGGAAGUAAAAAAAGCUAAAGAAAAAACUGGAGGAUUUUUGUCUGGUAUUUUCAAAGGGGUGAAGCAUGCAGUUGAUGAUGUCAAAGAAGAUGUAGAAGAGUUCCUUGAAGAUACAAAAAAAGAAGCAGAAUCUGAAACAGAACGGGCAAAGCAUGCUGCCGAUCGGACAUCUGAAACUGUCAAAGAUGCCAAAGACAAAGUCGUAGAUUUGACAAAAGAUGCAACAUCUAAACUAUCACAGGAAAUUUCUGAGGAUUCUAAAAAAAUUUCAGAUGCCUCUAAAAAAGCAAAAGACAAGACUAAAAAAAAAUUGACCACUGGUGUUGAAGCGAUCUCUGAUGCAGCGACAGGUGCAGUUGAAAAAAUUUCUCAAGAAUCUUCCAAACUUGCUGGGAAAGCUACAGAUGGCACACGAUCCAUCGUUGAAAAAUCUCAGGGUAUCAAGGACGAGGUAGAAAAAGAAAUUAAGCAUGAUAUCGUUGUUGGUAAAGAGAAAGUCAGUUCAAUUGCUGAUUCUGUAGCUGACUCUGCUACAUCUGCAGGUGAAAAGACUGCUCAGGAAGCAAAGAAGGCUAAGGAAAAAACUGGGGGAUUCUUUUCUGGUAUUUUCCAAGGUGCGAAACAUGUGGUUGAUGAAAUUAAAGAUGACGUAGAAGAAUUUGUAGAAGAGACAAAGUCAGAAGCAGAAAAAGAAGCGGAACAUACUAAGCAAGCUGGACUUAAAACAUUUGAAGACAUCAAAGAUGCAAAAUCUAAACUAUCCCAAGAGAUUGCUGAAGAUUCUAAAAAACUUUCAGAUACUUCAAAGAGUGCGCAAGACAAGACGAAGAAAACGUUGGCUACUGGUGUUGAGGCUGUGUCUGAUACAGCUAAAGCUGCAGGUGAUAAAGUUUCUAAGGGAACUUCUCAAUUAAUCGGGAAAGCUAAGGAUGGUACGCAAUCUGCAGUUGAAAAAUCGAAGGACAUCAAGAACAAGGUAGGAAAAGAAAUUAAGGAAGAUGUUUCAAUUGCAAAAGUUAAAUUAGCUUCAGCAGCUGAUUCCGUAGCUGAAAGUGCAACAUCUGCUAAAGACAAAACUGCACAGGAAGCGAAGAAGGCUAAGGAAAAAACUGGUGGAUUCUUUUCUGGUAUUUUCCAAGGUGCCAAACAUGUGGUUGAUGAAAUUAAAGAUGACGUGGAAGAGUUUCUAGACGAUACAAAGACAGAGGCAGAGGAAGAAACCGAACGUGCUAAGCAAGCUGCACUUAAGACAUCUGAAAACAUUGAAGAUGCCAAAGCUAACGUCGUAGAUACUUCAAAAGAUGUGAAAGCCAAACUAUCCCAAGAGAUUACUGAGGAUUCUAAGAAACUUUCAGAGGCUUCCGAUAGUGCAAAAGACAAGACGAAGAAAACGAUAGUCGCUGCUGUUGAAGGCGUGUCUGAUACAGCUAAGGCUGCAGGUGAUAAAGUUUCUAAGGGAACUUCUGAACUAAUUGGGAAAGCUAAGGAUAGUGCACAAUCUGCUGUUGAGGAAUCAAAGGACAUCACGGACAAUGUGGGAAAAGAAAUUAAGGAUGACGUUGCAAUUGCGAAAGAUAAAUUAACAUCAGCAGCUGAUUCCGUAGCUGAGACUGCAACAUCUGCUAAAGAUAAAACUGCACAGACAGCAAAGAAAGCUAAAGAAGAAACAGGUGGAUUCCUAACUGGUAUUAUCAAAGGUGCUAAGCAUAUGGUUGAUGAAGCGAAAGAAGAGGUGGAAGAAUUUCUCGACGAAACGAAGAAAGAGGCGGAAGAAGAAACCAAACGUGCAAAACUAGCUGCGCAGGAGGCAUCAAAGAAUAUUGAACAUAUAAAGGACUCUGUCGCAAGUAGUGCACAGGAUGCAACAGCGAAGUUAACUUCGGAAGUUGCUGAAGACUCUCAAAAGCUCUCAAAUGCUGCUAAAAAUGCAAAAGAAAAAACCAAAGGUAAAUUGAUGAGUGGAAUUGAAGCAGUGUCUGAUACUGCAAACGCUACAGCUGAUAAAGUUGCUCAAGGAGCCAAGGAAGUUACUGGAAAAGCUAAGCAGGGCACAGAAGCGGCAUUAAAGAAAUCGAAACAAGUUACAGAUGCAGUAGGCAAAGAAAUUAAGGAUGGUGCCACUGUCAUCAAGGACGAGACAUCUUCGGCUAUUGCGGAUGUAGCGCAAACAGCAGAAGCAUCAACUGAGAAAGUUUCGAAAGCAGCGAAAAAAGGCAAAGAAAAGGGUAGCAAACUCUUUUCUGGUAUUUUCAAAGGAUCUAAGCAUGACACCGUGAACAUUCCUGACAAAAAAGCUAGUACUGCUGAAAAACAAAAAAUCACUCAAGCAGAUGUGUCAAAUGCUCCAGAAUCAAUAUCUGAUGCAAAAUUAGCUACAAUGAUGUUUUUAGCAGAUACAAGAAGUGCUGCUGAACAACGAAACGAACCCUAUGCAUUUGGAAAUGCUCAAGAUUAUUCUGACUCCGCUUCAAGUUCGGCCCGCAGUUCUUUGGACCGAGAUGCUUCUCUGGAUGAAGAUAAGAAAUCGAAAAAACGAAAAGGAGUGAUAUCAAGCAUUGUAAAAGGAGCCAAAUCUGCAACUCAUAAAAUUGCGAAAGAAGUAGAUCAUGCUGCGGUAGGUUUGAAAGAUGCGACUGAAAAGUUCUGGGAAGAUACUAAAAGAGAAUCCGAUGAUUCACUAGCUUCCGGAAGCUAUAACGUUUCCUCAGCACCCCAUGGUUCAGAUAGAAUAGAGAAUGAAGAGGCAGUAGCUUCAAAAUCGUUUGUUGAAAAAUCUAAACAAGUCGACAGGCUAGGUGAUGAUGAUACAAAGAAAAGUUUUAGCGAAGGUAAAGGUAAAUUAAUUUCACGCAUUCCACAAAAAGUAAGCCCCACGAAAGAGUUGAAACAUACUCCGGUAGAUAGCUCGGAUAGGCUAGUUGCAGGGGUGACGAGCAGGCUAGAGCACCUAGAGCCUCGCACGCGUCAAUCCGUCACCACAGUUGUAACAAAGUCUGUGCGGACGGCAGCAACCCCACCACCCAGCCCCGCCGAGUUCAGUGACAGUAGCAUUAAAGAUGUAACAGAGGAGGCCUCGAGACGAGCUCAAGAUCUAGCUGACCAAUCGCUAUCUCUCACGCGACCAGGGCAUGAUUCUACUGAGAUUGAUGGGACUGUAGAGAGGCAUGCUACUUCUGCUCCGUCAAAGCAACCUGUUCCUGCCCCUCGCCACUCCUCCAAGUUGUCCACCAAAACUGACUUACACCUACAAAUCGAAGAUACUCAAGCAACGCAAACACCUAAAAGCCCCAAAACUAAAAUACCAGAGCCAAUGUCAAAAUUGCCGCAAAAAUCUCCAGAAACGUCCAAGGUUUCACUCAAGUCACCUAAAAGAUCACAGGAGAAGGGACGCAGUCCUAUCAUGGAAGAAAUAUCUGCAAGUACAUUUAGAGAGCCUCAAAGUCCGAAGAGUAAAAUUCCUGUAAAAAUUAAAGAAACAACCAAAGAUGGCAAUAAAACAAUUAUCAAAGAAUUCACAACUGAUGACGGUAUGACCACUGUAACUGAGACCGUGUCAGCAAAGUUUGUAGAAUCAAAAUUGCCAGGACUCAAAAGUUCAUCACAAGAUAAUAAGUUUUCUCCCAAAGUAGGUCUGCCAAACGAAGGUAAAACAGUAACAGAAACUUAUACAACAGUUAAAACAACUAAAAAUGACUCUACCGAAUCGAUGUUAAUUAACGAAGAUAACACUGCGAAUAUGAUAACUACUGUAAAGUCUACCUUAGGCGAAAGUAUCGAUCCACAAAAAUUUAAAGAGAAGUUUGAACACAUUUCAGAUUUAGAGCCAAGUUCUUCUUGCGAACAGUAUGAUGAGAUACAAGAAGAUGGUACAAUAGUCAAAACAUUUAUAACAAGAAGUAUUCACUCUGGUGAUAUCAAUCCAAGUGACUUAGCAGAACUCAUAAAAGAUGGUGAGUCCGUGAAAACGUUAAAAACCAUCCGUACUAGUUCAGAGGAACAAAUAGAUCCAGAAGCCUUCAAGGGUAUGACGGAUGGAGGUGCCAGUAGAAGAACUGUCACAACCAUCACUAGGAGAAUCGUUACGUCUGGUGGAGAUGAUGUGACGGAAGGCGAUAGUUCUACAGAGGUAAUGAGUCCUGCAGAAUUUGAUAACAUUGUAAAAAGUAGCGGACUGAGAAAUACAGUAACUACGUUACACUCAACUUCUGGAACGAAAAUAGAUCCGUCGAAAUUUCAGGAAAAAUUAUCUUUAGAGGAUUUUGAGGAGCUCUCUAAGAAAGGUGAAUUUACAAAAACCCUUGAAUCAUUAAAGACUGAAACAGGUGAGCCAAUUGACCCGAAGCUGUACAAACAAUUACUGAAAGAUGGAAAAGGGGUAGUGAGAACUGUAACCACAGUUAAAAGUACCACAGGUGAACCAGUAGAUUUACAAAAACUUGAUUUUAAAGAUGGAAAAAGUACUAAAACAGUUGUAGUAAAAAGUAGUUUGGGAGAAACUAUAGAUACAGAAAAAUUCAAUGAGUUCUUCAAAGAUGGUAACAUCACAUCAGCGAAGACUGUCAAAGAGACUAUAAGAACUGUGAAAUCUAGUAGCUCUGAACCUGAAACAUGGACUGAAACUGUAGUUACGAAAAGAUCGAGUGAUGGGAAACCAGAAACUUGGCAAACCAUUGUACGAUCUGGAGAUGUGCGGCCAGAAGAUUGGGAAACAGAGUUCUCAUUAGACACUUCUCCUGGCUCUGGUAAUGGAGACUUUUAUUCAAAAAAUGGUAGUUCAAGACGUGAAGUCAACAGCGAAUCAGAUAGCGAUAGUUCACCCCAACCAAGAAGAAGAUCCCCAAGCAAGAGGCGAACGUUAGGAAGUUCUAGUGGAUCAGACGUCGCCCUGCAUGAAGGUGCAGAAUUGUCCCCAUUGGAGGACGACCAAGGUACCUCACUCACAGCUAACCUUCUAAAGUCUGACUUUUUACAACACACCGAGCCAUCUUUUAUGGAGACCACUACGACCGAAGUGAAUCCUGAAGCUCAAGAAAGAGUAACCAAAACUACUAGGACAGUGACAGUAUCAGUACCUGUGGCAAGUGGCGCUACUGGCGGCACCGAUGAACUUCGAGAAUCUAUGCAGAACAUUGUCGACCAAUUCAUGACCGAAGAAAGACGAGGUCAAUAAACAAGAAAUAGCUUUUAAAAAGUUCCAUGAUUUUUCGAUGAUCGAACCAGAAUCAUUCAAUAUGUCCGAGCAGCUGAACUUACGAGGCAAACAUUUUACGUCUCGAGCAUUGAAGUAUUAUACAAUAGAAUAUGAAUUCCAAUCGUUAUAUCCUCGCGUAUCGAACAGUAUUCCAUAUUCGAGGAAAAAGAAUAUCAAUGAUAUUAUAAUUAUGGCGAUUAUCUGAGCAAUAAUGGGAUUGCUAGUUGGACUAGCUCCUCGCUAGUCUUCACUAAGCUGGUCUUUUUGUCAGUGAAGUUUCAAUUUUGCAUAUUCGAAAAAUCAAUCCUUAUUUGUUCUCAUGAAGAUUGCUUGCCUCCAUUAGAGCAGCUGCCAAUGUUUAUGAUUCGAAUUCAUGGACAUAAUAAUAUGCAUGGAGUUGAAAUGAAUGCAUAAUUUGUCAAAGUAACUUGAUUUUUGCAUCAGUUAGUCGACGAUAUUAGCCUUAGGUAAAUUAGGACUAUCCACCACGCGUCGCUUACUAGAAAAGUUAAAGUUUUUAUAUUCUUAAGAAUUAUUCUUAGCUUCGGCAUUUGGUGGCGAAAUGAGAAAGCUUCAUCGCUAUUUAUUAAGAUUCUACGAGAAAAAUACCUUAUCUUGCCAUUUUAUAAAAAGGAAACGAAUUUUCAAGCACAAUAAAUCGAGACUCUAGUACUGUUUUUACUUUGUCAUUUUUAUUUAUGGCAAGAAAUGGUCAUUUUACUAACAACGUUGCAAUGUAAAUUUCAUUUAUUUAAAGAGUUUUUCCUAACAAUUUCAAUUGUGUAUAUUAUUAUAAUUAUUUUCUUAGCAUAACUUAUACAUCUUUACUGUAUACAUAAUAGUACUAUUGAAAUAACUGAGAAUUUAUGACGAUACGAUACGUGAAUAUUUUAUUUAUAUAGAAAGAAAAUAUUGAGAAAAAAAAAAUUACUUUUUUGAAUCGCCAAAACAUCACCAAAAUGAAUUCGUAAUAAUUAUUCUGAAAUAAAUGAAAUGAACCUAAUAAAAUUAUACUGUUUAGCAAAAGGUUCAGGCAAAUAUAAUUAUGUUGUAAGAAGUCCACGUGGUAAAAAUUCAACAGCCCAAAACUCAUUUUAGGCUAGGCAGCGUUAGCUUUCAGUGUGUAACACAUUUUAAAAGCAAAAAAGUAUAAUAUAUAUUUAGAAAAUCUUCUAGAAUAAAGAUAUUCUAUUAAUAUAUAAUAUAUUAUAUUAUAAAUAAACAAAAAAGAUAUAAGAAUUACACAUGCAGAAUUUAUAAAUUAUUAUCUAUAAUACCUUCGAUACAAUAUAUUAUACAUAAAAAAUAGUCUUGCCUUGAGCCACCUGAUGCAAGGACCAAAGGCACAAUCACUAUUGCUACAAUGUAGACGUUAUACCGAAAUUACAACCAAUAUACUUAUACUGCAUAAUGCUACCUGCUACGAAAUUGUUUUAACUCUGGCCUCUGAAUGGAACAAUUUUAUAUCAACUAUACAUUGAUUUAAAUUUUUUUGUACAAUAUGGUCAAUACUUUUACUUUUUGCUUUCUGAUUUAUGUAACUUGUACAGAUGUGUAGAAAAUUUUCAGUUUCAUCAUUCAACUGCACCAAAAUAUUUGAAAACCAGUAAACAUACCGUCCUAAGUUGAAACCAUUGUUUCUUUCGCAGUAAGCAAUUUUAUACGGUUUAGUUGAGGUUUCAUGGACAGUGCAGCAUGCUUCGCAACGAGCAGCUCUUUUAUUAUAUGCUAAAAUAGAAAUAAAAAUAUAAAAUUUCUGUCAAUACACUAAUGGUGCCGCAUCAUGUCGUAAUAUUAAACGAAAUAAUGUCAUACUGUAUUAUCGUGUGACACCUAUCAAUGACAGCAUAAUAAAGAAGAUAUUGCAAAAUUA